ACUGAAUUUCAUCAAUAGUAUUUCUCUCAUUAAGGGUGGUAGGCAUGUUGAUUACGUGGUGGAUCAGGUUGUGGGCAAACUGAUAGAAGUGGUGAAAAAGAAGAAUAAAGCUGGAGUUUCCGUGAAACCAUUUCAGGUGAAGAAUCAUAUAUGGGUUUUUGUUAAUUGCUUGAUUGAAAAUCCAUCCUUUGAUUCCCAGACAAAGGAAAACAUGACAUUGCAGCCUAAAAGUUUUGGGUCCAAGUGCCAGCUAUCUGAGAAAUUUUUUAAAGCAGCCUCUAACUGUGGUAUCAUAGAGAGUAUUUUGAAUUGGGUCAAAUUUAAGGCACAAACUCAGCUGAACAAAAAAUGUUCAUCAGUGAAACACAGUAAAAUCAAGGGCAUUCCGAAACUGGAUGAUGCUAAUGAUGCUGGUGGCAAACAUUCCUUGGACUGCACGUUAAUAUUAACAGAAGGAGACUCUGCCAAAUCUUUAGCUGUCUCUGGCUUAGGUGUUAUUGGUAGAGACAGAUAUGGAGUAUUUCCACUGAGGGGUAAAAUUCUCAAUGUUCGAGAAGCUUCUCACAAACAGAUUAUGGAAAAUGCAGAAAUCAACAACAUCAUCAAAAUAGUUGGACUGCAAUAUAAGAAAAGCUAUGAAGAUCCAGAAUCUCUGAAAAGUUUGAGAUAUGGAAAAAUUAUGAUCAUGACAGAUCAGGAUCAGGAUGGAUCUCACAUUAAAGGCUUGUUGAUCAAUUUUAUUCAUCACAAUUGGCCAUCACUGCUGAAACAUGGUUUUCUUGAGGAAUUCAUCACUCCUAUUGUGAAGGCAAGCAAAAAUAAGCAAGAACUUUCAUUCUAUAGUAUUCCUGAGUUUGAUGAGUGGAAGAAGCACAUGGAGAAUCAUAAAGCAUGGAAGAUAAAAUACUACAAAGGUUUGGGUACCAGCACUGCGAAAGAGGCAAAAGAAUAUUUUGCUGACAUGGAAAGACAUCGGAUCUUAUUUCGAUACGCUGGUCCUGAAGAUGAUGCUGCCAUUACACUGGCCUUCAGUAAGAAGAAGAUCGAUGACCGAAAAGAAUGGCUAACAAACUUCAUGGAGGACAGGCGGCAGCGUCGGCUACAUGGCCUUCCUGAGCAAUUUUUAUAUGGUACAGCAACAAAACAUUUGACUUACAAUGACUUCAUUAACAAGGAGUUGAUCCUUUUCUCAAAUUCAGACAACGAGAGAUCUAUUCCUUCCCUUGUUGAUGGUUUAAAACCAGGGCAACGCAAAGUUUUAUUUACUUGCUUUAAGAGAAAUGAUAAACGUGAAGUGAAGGUUGCUCAGCUGGCUGGCUCUGUUGCUGAAAUGUCAGCUUAUCACCAUGGGGAGCAAGCAUUAAUGAUGACUAUUGUCAACUUGGCUCAGAACUUUGUUGGAAGUAACAAUGUUAAUCUGCUACAACCUAUUGGUCAGUUUGGCACCAGGCUUCAUGGUGGAAAGGAUGCUGCCAGCCCUCGCUAUAUUUUCACCAUGUUAAGCCCUUUAGCAAGGCUGCUUUUUCCAUCAGUGGAUGACAACUUGCUGAAAUUCCUUUAUGAUGACAACCAACGUGUAGAGCCUGAGUGGUACAUUCCCAUCAUUCCCAUGGUUCUAGUAAAUGGAGCUGAAGGAAUUGGUACUGGAUGGGCUUGCAAACUUCCAAACUAUGAUACCAGAGAGAUUGUGAACAAUGUCAGACGAAUGCUGGAUGGCUUAGAUCCCCACCCAAUG